AUGCCUUCAAGCUCUCCGCAUUUGUCGAGUUCUGUUAAAGACUCUAGAAAACUAGAAGGAUCAAAUCAACACAAGAAAGUUACAAAUAAAAGAAAAGAAGAUCAAGAACAAAAUGAAGCUGACACAAACACAACUACGACUAAUAGUCACCAAAAUCAACCUAACACGGAUUUAAUAGAAAAGCUAUCAAUUUCACCGUUGAAAAGAAAUCAACAAGACCAAACGAUCGAAGUAAAUGGUCAAUUAUAUGCUCCAGUUCAACGGGAAAACCCAAAGUCAAAGAAAGGUUCUCAACAAUUAAAUAAAAGUGAUUGGUGCUCAGGUCCUCCAAUGACUUGGAGUGACCAGCAUGAAAAGGAAAAUAUUAACUGUAAAACAACAGAUACAAUUCCAACACCUGUUAACUACUGCUAUCUUCAGGAAUCAAAUAUAUCAACACCGAAAAGAAACAUUGAACAAUUAAAUAGAUCAAAUGAGCAUAGAAAGAAGAUUCGUCAUGAUGAAACAGCUGCAAAUAAUCAUCAGCAUCAUCAGAAUAUUACAACAAAUGACCAAGGUUAUAAGUCAUUAUGUACACCAAAUGUACAACCAAGUAAAACUCAUGCAUUACCUUUUGAGCAGCUAAAAAGAGCUGUAGGUCACAAUCUACCUUGUUUCUUAAUCGACUUCGACAGCAAUAUAGCUUUUCGGCAACUGCCAUCUGCAAUUAUUGCGUGUGAUAUGAUUCAAGAACACUUUAUAAAAAACAAAAUAUCUAUAAAUGAUUUCUCAGUUGCUUCAUUCAUUGGUCAUCGAUUGAAAUUAGGUGUUAACAACAUGGAAGAUUAUUCUAAACUUAUUCGUACCGAAAAAUGGCCUUCAACAAUAAAUGGAAAGAAAGUUUCGAUAGUAAAACCGAAAUUUGUUCCUGAAUGUUUUACACUCGUCGUACGUUAUGUUCCACGACAAGUUUCCAUUGAUUUAGUUACUGAAGAAAUAAAACGGUCAAUUAGCUCGGCAGACAAUUUCCAGCAAAUAAUGUAUUCCUUUAACCGUCCGACUAACGAUUAUAGAUUUACAGUUGCUGAUCUAACAGAAUUUGAAGGCGCUUUAAAAUUUGGUCGGUUGUGUAUUGCAAACAGAUUUCAUCCUAUUACUCAGUAUCUACCAGCAAAUAAAUUGACAUUCUGUACGCUCUGUUGGAAGAUCGGGCAUACACGAUUAGCUUGUAAUACACAAGAACAAAAAUGUCGUAUAUGUCUCGAUAAAUUUAAUCAAGAACAUAUCAGCAUCUGCUCUGGUAUACCACAAUGUGCUCAAUGUGGACUGAAUCACCAAUCUCUUGAUCCAAUGUGCAGUAUCAUUCAGAAUUACAGACAAAAGCUUAACUAUGAAGUCAAGCAAGCAGUUCAAGGUGGUAGGCUUAUUAGAAGAGGGGUUCAACGGUACCAUCAUCAACAACCAGUGCCUCCCCUUGAAUCAACAUCACAAUAUGAUACAAAUUUUCCACCAUUACCAAAUAACAACAACAAUAUGUCGCAAAUCAACAAACCAGUUAAUAAAGGGUGGUCAGGUAGCUACUCUCAUCUCACAACAAAUGCCAUUCCUAUGGAAUCUAACACAUUAAUUAAUAAAAUAGAAAAAAUGCACCAAGAAUUAAAAAAAGAUAUUUCUUCAUUAAAUGAGUCGAUCAUACAAAAACUUGAUGUCAAAAUAGAAUUAAACUCAAGCAACAUUCAAUUACAUCAAGUUAAUCUAUCUCAAAUAAACUCAACGAUGAUAUCAUUAUUGAAAAAGGUAAUAGUUCCAUUAGUUAAAAACAUAAAAGAAUUAAAAGUAGAAACCAAAAAUCAAAUUCUAACUGCUAUUCAAGUUUUGGAAAAACCUCUGAACAUACAAGCAGAGGAAUUACGAAAGAAAUAUAAAUAUCAAGUAGAAUCGCAACAACGAAAUCGUUUCGAACCUAGCUCAACAACAAUGGUAGAUGAAGAAAACAACAAUCAAUCUCCACUGUCAACCUCAACAGAGGAACCUCACAAGAUGGAUCAAUCGGAUACAGAAGGAGGGAUAAUUUCAAACUAA